AAAUUCUAUGAAAAAUUUUAUACGCUUUAAGGAAAAAAGAAAUAAUGUUCUUUUAUUUUUAAAUUUUUUGUUGUUGGUGAAACAAUGACAACCCAUCAAACAAUGACAACCCAUUACCAAUUUCACAUACACAGGUAGAAAAGCAUAACUUAUAGCUAUUGUACCGAUGAAUUAGUUUCUGUAAAGUGGCGCUGUUGUCAACGUCGGCGCGAUAGCUCUGAGGCUAUCUUACCGAUAGUCGGUGUAAUAGACACUGCCUUAUUGUUUACAUUUCAACUGAAAACACCAUCCAUUGGAACGCGACCUUAAAGGCACUAAUGUGAAAGAUAGGUUUCUUAAAAUAAUCUAUAUUAUAUAUAAAUUUAUAGAAAAUUCUAUUUUGUAUACAAAUAUGUUCUAAUUUAAGGAGUGUUGACACAGAAUGUGAUAAAUGCAUUUUCAAACAUGAGAGAAAAGGAUCAUCAAUCUCUCAUUCUUCCAAUCAAUCAGUGGUGUUUGCAAUCAGAAGAGGUGUGUUCGGUGAAUUGUGACAAUGGUCUUUAAAAACACAGAAAUAGUGCUUUCUAAAAACUAAUGUGUGUGAAUUCUGAGAUGCAAACGAGACUUCAUUAGUGAAAUACUUUACUCUCCAAAAAAUCUACCAAUCAUGCCAUCUUUGGAAUCUACAAUGCAGUAUGAAUGCUGUCUUCAGAAACGGAUAAGCUCAUAGUAGCUUCCUCUACUGAUAGUAGAUUCUGUAGUAGCUUCCUCUACUUUUUAAAAACUAUCCCAAGAUUCUGGACAUCAGGUGUGUUGAAGUAGGCAACUGAUAACGCUACCUACUCUCACCGCAAAUAUGUACUUAUUUGUUGAAAAAUUGCUGUGAUAAACUUUAUUGAAACAUACUUUCUUAUACCGCAGACUACUUUAAUUCACCCUUUUUGUGCAAAGAAAAGCUUUAAAAAAUUGUUUUUGAUUUGCCCCUACUUUGAUUAAAUUUAUAAGCCAUAAUCUUACAAAUGUAAAGUGAAUUAUCAUCAUAGUAAUGGAAUCAUUGUAGAUAAUCAUUGUUAUCUUCUUUAUACGGAAAAAAAAUUGAUAUGAAUGAUAAAAUAUCUCCUUGCUGGCAAUAAAUAAAAUUCAUAUUGUACAUGCAUAAAUCUUUUUUUUUUUUUUGAAGAUUACGUUUUCUGUACCAUUUAUAUAAUCAAUUAACUCUAUUCAUAAAGUGUGUGUCAUUUCUUUCUGGCAAAAGGAAAUAUGAUUAUUAAAGGCAAUCCCAUUCUAUGUUGGCAGUAACAAUCUAUGUUGUGAUAGUAACAAUCUGUGUUGUGAUAGUAACAGCAAAUACUAUCUGUGCAAUGUGUGCUACAGUUGCAAUGAUGUUCUGACGGAAAAAUAUUUACAUGUAUGAAAAUUUAAUGCUUUUAGUUUGUGUGUUUAUAAGUUUCCAAGUGUAGUUCAUAAUUAUACUUUUUUAGUGUAAAACAUUUUACUUCUGUUCUAAAAACUUUACAAACAGAAGUAGUUUCAUUUAUUGGUUUGAGUUCAUAAUAUGGAAAUAAUUUAUUUGAGCAGUCAUUGUGAUAAAUUAAUCAAGCAAAAAAGAAUAAUUUGGCUAAAGUAACACAUUGAACAAACUUCUGAUGCAGUGCAUUAUUAAACAGUUACCUAUAAAUAGAUUAAAAUUACAGUUGCAGAUAAUUAAGCUGUCUGUCACUUUCAUAAAACACAUAUGAUUUGAUAUUUAUACACAAAUUUAAAUUUUGAUUUUCCUGUUCAUACUGAGAAAAUAUUUUUUGUAUUCUGUUAAGGCAAUUUCAUACUCGAUAAUAGAAUUAAACUUUUUUGACCUUCUCAUAUUUAUGGUAAUGAAUACAAGCUUGAUUUUCUUGUGCCUGAUGGAACAUUGAUAUAAAAAUUGGCAAAUAAAGUUUUUUAAAAUAGAUAAUGUUAAACCUUAUAAGCUUGUUAAAGUGAAAACAAUUUUAUUUUUUGCAUUUCUUAAUUUAUAAUGAAUUAUAUUUCUGCCGUGUCUGUGUGAAUAAAUUACUAAUGAAAUCAAAUUUGAUAAUUUCGUGUUCAUUUUUAUAAUAUGUCCUAAUAACAAAUAACAUUAAUUUUACUCUAUCUCUAAAACUGCAUUUAUUACAUGGUAUACCAAAUUUAAUUUAAUCUAAUACUUCAGGUUGUACAUUGUUACUGCAGUUUUUUGUGAUAAAAUUAAUAUAAAGUGAAAUAAUUUAGUUUGUGAAAAAUAGAAAACAUUACCAUCUCAAUAUAAUAUAAAUUAAUGUUUUCCCAGAUGCAUCUAUUAAUAAAUCAUUUGCCUGCUGUAAGGUGAUAAUAUUUCUAUAGUAUUAUAUUUUACUUAAUUAAAGAUUUAUUUAAAAUAAGGGACUUGAUACAGCAUGCUCUUUUUUGUAUCAUAUGUUAUUAAGGGCCUAAUUUAAUUCCGACUGAGUAUCAUCCUCUAAGUAAACCUUAUUCUUGUUAUUCUAACAAGAGUUUUUCAGAAAAAAUUCGACAAAACACUAAAAUUCAUACUGGUGAAAAAUCUUAUUCUUAUAGUAUAAAAAAUAAGAGUUUUUCACAAAAAAGUAAUCUGACAAAACAUAGUCAUAUUCAUACCUAGUGAGAAGCUUUUUUUCUUGUAGAAUAUAAAAGUUUUUUAGAAAAAAGUAAUGGCUAAACACAAUCGUACUGAUACUGGUGAAAAACCUUAUUCUUGUAGUUUAUGUGAUAAGAGUUUUUCACUAAAAGGUAGUCUGAUCACUCACAGUCAUGUUCACACUGGUGAGAAACAUUCUUGUAGUAUAUGUAAUAAAAGCUUUUCACUAAAAGGUAGUCUGAAAAUACACAGCCGUGUUCAUACUGGUGAGAAGCCUUAUUCUUGUAAUAUAUGUAACAAGAGUUUUUCAGAAAGAAAGACUCUAAAUAAACACCGUCAUAUUCAUACUGGUGAGAAGCCUUAUUCUUGUAAUAUAUGUAAUAAAAGUUUUUCACAAAGAGUUAGUUUGAAAAAUCACAGCCGUGUUCAUACUGGUGAGAAGCCUUAUUCUUGUAGUAUAUGUAAUAAAAGUUUUUCAACGAGAGGGAUUCUGAACCAACACUGUCUUGUUCAUACUGGGGAGAAACUUUAUUCUUGUAGCAUAUGUAAUAAAAGUUUUUCACUAAAGGGUAGUCUGAAAAUACACAGUCGUGUUCAUACUGGUGAGAAGCCUUAUUCUUGUAGUAUAUGUAACAAGAGUUUUUCAGAAAGAAAGAAUCUGAAUAAACACAGUCUUGUUCAUACUGGUGAGAAGCCUUAUUCUUGUAGUAUAUGUAAUAAAAAAUUUUCACGAAAAAGAGUUCUCGUUGCACACAGUCAUGUUCAUACUGGUGAGAAGCCUUAUUCUUGUAGUAUAUGUAGUAAGGGUUUUUCACAAAAUGGUAAUCUGGCAAGACAUAGUCGUAUUCAUACUGGUGAAAAGCCUUAUUCUUGUAGUAUAUGUAAAAAACAAUUUUCACUAAAAAGUUAUCUCACUAACCACAGUCAUGUUCAUACUGAUGAUAAGCCUUAUUCUUGUAAUAUAUGUAAUAAAAGUUAUUCACUAAAAGAUAGUCUGAAAAAGCACAGUCGUGUUCAUACUGAUGAGAAGCCUUAUUCUUGUAAUAUAUGUAAUAAGAGUUAUUCACUAAAAGAUAGUCUUAAAAAACACAUUCAUGUUCAUACUGAUGAGAAGCCUUAUUCUUGUAGUAUAUGUAAUAAAAGUUUUUCACUUAAAGGUAGUCUGAUCAAUCACAGACUUGUUCACUCUGGUGAGAAACCUUAUUCUUGUAGUAUAUGUAAUAAAAGCUUUUCACUAAAAGGUAGUCUGAAAGUACACAGCCGUGUUCAUACUGGUGAGAAGCCUUAUUCUUGUAGUAUAUGUAACAAGAGUUUUUCAGAAAGAAAGAAUCUGAAUAAACACUGUCGUAUUCAUACUGGUGAGAAGCCUUAUUCUUGUAGUAUAUGUAAUAAAAGUUUUUCACAAAAAGGUAAUCUCACUAGACACAAUCGUGUUCAUACUGGUGAGAAGCCUUAUUCUUGUAGUAUAUGUGAUAAAAGAUUUUCACUAAAAGAUAGUCUGAAAAUACACGGUCGCGUUCAUACUGGUGAGAAGCCUUAUUCUUGUAGUAUAUGUAAUAAGAGUUUUUCAGAAAGAGGGACUCUGAAUAGACACUGUAUUGUUCAUACUGGUGGGAAGCCUUAUUCUUGUAGUGUAUGUAAUAAAAAAUUUUCACAAAAAAGAGAUCUCACUGCACACAAUAGUGUUCAUACUAGUGAGAAGCCUGAUUCUUGAAGUAUAUGUAAUGAAAUUUUUUCACUAAAAAAAAUGUCUGACCAAUUCAGUCUUGUUCACACUGGUGAGAAACCUUAUUCUUGUAGUAUAUGUAAUAAGAGUUUUUCAGAAUGAGGGACUCUGAAUAGACACUGUAUUGUUCAUACUGGUGAGAAGACUUACUCUUGUAGUAUAUGUAAUAAGAGUUUUUCUCGAUGUGAGCAUCUGAAUAAACACAGUAUUGUUCAUACUGGUGAGAGGCCUUAUUCUGUAGUAUAUGUUAUAAGAGUUUAUCACAAAAAGGUAGUCUGACAGAACACAGUUGUGUUCAUUCUGGUGAGAAGCCUUUUUCUUGUAGUUACAUGUAAUAUAAGUUUUUAACUAAAAUGUAGUCUGAAAAAAACAAAACAAAACAGUUGUGUUCAUUUUAGUAUAUGUAAUAAAAGAUUUUUACUAAAAUGUAGUCUGAUCAAACACAGUCGUGUUCAUACUGGUGAGAUGCCAUAUUCUUGUAGUAUAUGUAAUAAGAGUUUUUCAGAAAGAGUGUAACUGAAUGAACACUGUCAUGUUCAUACUGGGGAGAAACCUUAUUCUUGAAGUACAUGUAAUAAAAGUUUUUCACUAAAAGGUA